GUAAAAAACAUAGUACUUCUGUAAUAUUGGCAGUGUAUGCACACCGUCGGUCUGGCCUCACCUUCACAAAAGUUUGUCUAGGUUUCUCCUGGGUGCCUUGGUUCCUGCUUUUAGCUGCUGUACCAUGUUUGACAAUCGUGGAAUAGAAGAUGGUGCAGGGGAAGGUGGAGCAGGGGCAGGUGGAGCAGCUGAGGGUGGUGCAGAAAGUAGAGCAGUUAAAAAUGGAGCAGCCAAGGGUGGCAGAGAAGUCGAGGUAGGUGAAGGUGAAGCAGCUGAGGGUGGUACAGAAAAUGAAGCAAUUAAAAAUAGAGCAGCCAAGGGUGGCAGAGAAGUCGAGGUAGGUAUAUGUGGAGCAGCUGAGGGUGGUACAGAAAGUAAAGCAGUUAAAAAUGGAGCAGUGAAGGGUGGUGGAGAAGUCAAGGCAGGUGAAGGUGGGGCAGCCGACGGUGGUGCAGAAGGUGAUGCAGGCGAAGGUGGAGCACCCGACGGUGGUGCAGAAGGUGAUGCAGGCGAAGGUGGAGCAGCCGACGGUGGUUCAGGAAGUGAGGUGGUGACGAUGGAGCAGCAGGAGGACUCCACAAGCGACGGUUCAGCCCUUCCACCAACAGGAGGACAGGGAUCUGUAGACACAGUCAUGCAGCCUGUCAGACAUUCAGAAGAAGAGAACAUAAAACCAAACAGUAAUGAAGACUCCCAGCACAGAAACAACAAAGACAUUCUGGAUGAUCCUGAUCAACCCAGUGAGAUAAAUUGUAGUAAUAUAUUUCAAAUCCUAGAAAAUCAAAAAGAUUCAUUUUUUGAAUAUUUACAAAUAAAUUUUGAACCGAAAACAGUUAAAAAGGGAAAAAAUGUCAAUCAUUCAAUGUAUUAUUUUGCACUUCCAAGCUCAGCUGUGUAUGACAGUGAAACAUCACCACCUAAGCCCAGAGCCCCUUGA